GCAGCUGUGAAGAGGCUGCUGUCAACGCGGUGCUAACCUAGCUGCCGGCCGUCGGCUAGCUGGCACCGGGAGAGGAUAUAAAAACAAACAAUGGCGGGCGUGCACCCACAAGACGACCUGCUGAAGAUGACACACAGAGAGAACUGGAAGGUGCAGCAUGAGCGACUGCAUGUGAAGCACAGGGGGCACGAAGCCAUGCAUGCGGAGAUGGUGCUGAUCCUCAUCGCCACGCUGGUGGUGGCUCAGAUCGUCCUGGUGCAGUGGAAGCAGCGGCACCACCGGUCGUACAAUCUGGUGACUCUGGUCCAGAUGUGGGUGGUCCCUCUUUACUUCACCAUCAAACUGUACUGGUGGAGGUUUCUGUCCAUGUGGGGAAUGUUCUCUGUCGUCACCAGCUACGUCAUUUUCAGAGCCACUCGCAAGCCCCUGUCCUGCAGGACGCCGAGGAUGGUGUACAAGUGGUUCCUGUUGAUCUACAAGCUGAGCUAUGCAGUGGGCGUCCUGGGCUACUUGGCCAUCAUGUUCACCAUGUUUGGCUUCAACGUCUUCUUCAGGAUCAAGGCAGAGGACUCUAUGGACGUAGGAGUAAUCAUGCUGUUUUAUGGUCUUUACUACGGCGUCAUGGGCAGAGACUUUGCUGAAAUCUGUUCUGACUACAUGGCCUCUACAAUCGGGUACUACAACAAGGGAGGCAUGCCCAGCAGGAGCCUGACCAACGACAUCUGCGCCGUGUGCGGUCAGAAGAUCCUGGUGGACGUGGAGGAGGAAGGAUUUAUAGAAGACACCUACCAGCUGUCCUGUGGACACUUGUUCCAUGAGUUCUGCAUCCGUGGCUGGUGCAUCGUGGGUAAGAAGCAGACCUGUCCGUACUGCAACGAGAAGGUUGACUUGAAGAGGAUGAUGAACAACCCCUGGGAGAAGACACAUGUCCUCUAUGGGCAGUUGCUUGACUGGCUCAGAUACCUGGUUGCCUGGCAACCCAUCAUCAUCGGUAUCGUUCAUGGGAUUAACUUCACACUGGGCCUUGAAUAGAGCCCAGAGGAGCGCCUCCGUAAGUA